AUGCGUAAACUGUCUCAGAUCAUCGACGCGCAACGAGAGUCUCUCGACGCGAUCGACUCUCCCCGCCUUCCUCAAUCACCUUUAACCGUGAAUACCUCUGCGCCCGCCUCGCCCGCUGUUUCCCUCUUUUCAGUAGCGGGCCACAAUCGCGUGUCGAGUUCGGUCUCUUCUCUGGUUCCGUCAACCGGCCUGGGAAAUUCAAUGGAUAGCUCGAGUCGGACCCAUUUGGCGGACGUCAAAGAGGAACUCUGUGCGCGAGAUUCUUUAGAGGAUCAAUACUUCCAGCACUUCGAAUGUGGCAUACCUACCACUGACGAGUCUUAUUUCCCCAUGAACCGUUCGGACAGCUACGAUCUAAGCGACGCUGCUAUGGACGUUCCUCACUCGCCCAAGAAGCGCCGCUCCGAUAACUUGUCAAUGAAGGGUGUCUCGCGAAUCGGCUCCCAUAUGUCGACUGUCUCGUCCCGUUGGAAGUCUAAGCGCGCAUCAGGGAGUCCCGAGCGUGACAUCUACUCAGAUGAUCUGCGAUCUCGCGCCAACUCUGCAGCUUCUUCCGCGCUGGCAAGUCCCAUAACCACCCCUAUCAGUCGAAUCGACUCGCACAUUCCUCCGUCUCCCGCCCAGACAAUCUUUGAGGAGCGCGUCAAUAGUUCAGGCUCAAAGCCAAUUGAUAUCGCUCGCGCGAAUAGCCUGAGCCAGGAUGACGACGACGCCCAAAAAGCUACCACUCCGCUUCUUCCCCCAUUACUGGGCGACGACCCUACGAGCAUGGCCGCCUCUCGCGUGCAAUCUCCGUUGCAAUCGCCUUCCGUCGCAGACGUGAGCGAACCCGCGCACUAUGCCAUUACCUCGGAUCCCCGAUUCAUGGCCGUGACCGGCAUCCCCUCGCCACCUCUUUCCUCGAAGCCUUCCAUGGCAUCGAUCUCUCGACCUCGCGCAAGCACGGUGCGGACGAUCUCUGGGGAGCCAGCGCCCUUUGUUCUAACCGAUCCCAACGAUGAGUGGGCCAACAAGCUCGGACAUGCCAAUUUCAAUAUCCAGCCGGAGCCGUACGUGCCAGCCACAUGUGACCUGGAAAGCUUCCACCAGCUGCGCGCAGACUGGGACAUUGCUCGAUGCAACUUUGCCAAGCACCUUGUCCGCACUGGCGAGCACUACGGCGUGACCUCCAACAUCUACAAGCUGACCGGCGAGAAGUGGGAGUCCAUUGAUCGCGAGUGGCGUGCCCAGCACGAGGCCAUUCUCCGUGGACUCGGCUCUGUCGAUGGCGUUGCGCUCACGCUGACCCAUACCGAGCUACGCCCCUGCGAACAAGUCUGCGUCCCUCGAUUGCACGACAAUGCCAAGUUCCCCGAGAUGGGUGACGAGGACAUCGUUGGGCCCAUGACCGUCUCGCCGGUAGCCGAGAUCGCGGGUCCAUGCCGUACGAAAUCGCACAAGAAGCGCACCUUCUUCCGCUUCUUUCAAGACCUAGUUGGCAGGUCUUGA